AUGGCCGGCGGAAGGGGCGGACGACCGCUCGGGGCGCUACAGACUUUUGCCUUUGAAUCGCCAAUGACCGUUAUGCAUUCAACACCUCCUUGGUCGGAGAGCAUCAAUAAUCGAAUCGUCUCACUAAGCUCAGGAAUAUCAAUCGAUCCACAAAUUUCAAAUCGUCCGUCUUCAACAGCAACAUCCUCUUCGUCGUCUUCUUCUCGACAAGCUAUAACACCUCAACAUCAUCAUCAUCAUUUUGUCACUCACAUGCCUGGUGAAACAUCGAGAAGUACUUCGAAUGAUGCUGUUCAACGUGGUCGUGUACCAUCGACGACAAGCGGCGGUUAUGGACAUUUUUCGUUUAAUCCAGAUGCUAGUAAUACACAUUCGUAUUUAAGCACUUAUAUCUCAAUUCUGGUCCAAGCUGAGCCCUAUUCAUUUUUUCAAAAUCGCCUAUCAUCAACGUCAUCUACGGCCACCACAACAACAUCAGCAAAUAGUCAAUUAUCGCAAGCAAAUUUUGUAUCGAUGGACAAUAUAUGUGAAUUAGCCGCACGUUUAUUGUUUGGCGCUGUAGAAUGGGCAAGAAAUGUUCCGUUCUUUCAAGAACUUAGUCUAAAUGAUCAAUGUAUCUUAUUGCAAAUAACAUGGAGUGAACUAUUCCUAUUGAAUGCGUCACAAUGUAAUAUGCCCGUUCAAGCAGCACAAUUGCUAAUAUUAAGUGGGAUACAUGCGAGUCCGAUACCUGCUGAAAAAGUGCAAACAUUUCUAGAUCAUACAAGAAAAUUCCAAGAACAAGUAGAAAAAUUAAAAACUUUACAUCUAGAUCAUGCCGAAUAUUCUUGUCUAAAAGCAAUUGUUUUAUUUACACCAGAUGCUCCAAAUUUAUCCUAUCCUCAACAUAUUGAUAAUUUACAAGAAAAAUCUCUGUUAGCAUUAGAAGAAUAUGUUAAAGGACAGUAUCCGGCGCAUAUGUAUCUAUACAAUUUGACAUUGCAAAGGCCUAAUGGCGUUACUCAUUGUAUACAUGGGAAUUUUUCUGGGCCAAAGCAACAAGAAAUAUGUGUGUCAAGGGGCAAAAUACUUGAAAUUUUGAAGCCAGAUCCAUCUACUGGAAAAGUUUAUACAUUACUAACUGUGGAGGUAUUUGGUGUAAUACGAUCACUUGUACCAAUUCGUUUAACUGGUAGUAAUCGAGAUUAUAUUGUUAUUGGCUCUGACUCCGGCAGAAUAUUGAUAUUGGAAUACAAUGCGUCAAAAAAUACACUCGAAAAAGUUCAUCAAGAGACCUUUGGUAAAUCAGGCUGCCGUCGAAUUGUCCCCGGUCAAUUUUUAUCUGUUGAUCCAAAAGGACGCGCAUUAAUGAUUGGUGCUGUGGAAAAACAAAAACUUGUUUAUAUACUAAAUCGCGAUUCACAAGCACGUUUAACAAUCUCGUCUCCAUUAGAAGCACACAAAGCAAACACUAUUACAUUUUAUAGUGUUGGCGUUGAUGUUGGUUUUGAAAAUCCAAUAUUUGCUUGUCUUGAAGUUGAUUAUGAAGAAGCAGAUAACGAUCCUACAGGUCAAGCUGCAAAAGAUUUAAAGCAGACAUUAACAUUUUACGAAUUAGAUCUCGGUUUAAACCAUGUUGUACGAAAAUAUUCAGAGCAGUUAGACGAAUUUGCCAAUUUGUUAAUAACGGUACCUGGUGGAAAUGAAGGACCGAGUGGAGUAUUAAUUUGUUCCGAAAACUUUUUAACAUUCAAAAAUUUUGGCGAUCAACCCGAUAUUCGAUGUCCCAUACCAAGGAGGAGAAGUGACUUGGAUGAUCCUGAACGUUCAAUGAUAUUUACCGAACAGGGUGAUUUAUUCAAAAUAACACUUAAUCACGAUCCGGAUAUGGGAAUGGUGACAGAAAUUCGUCUCAAAUAUUUUGAUACAGUACCGGUUGCUUCGGCUAUGUGUGUGUUGAGAACUGGAUUUUUAUUCGUUGCAUCAGAAUUCGGUAAUCAUUAUCUGUAUCAGAUAUCACAUCUAGGAGAUGAUGAAGAACCGGAGUUUAGUUCAUCUGAGCGACUAGAAGAAGGAGAUACGUUCUUUUUUGUUCCAAGAAAAUUAAAAAAUUUGAUAUUAGUCGAUGAAAUGGACAGUUUGUCACCGAUAAUGGCAUGUCAUAUUGCUGAUUUGGCAAACGAAGAUACACCACAAUUAUAUGUUGCGUGUGGACGUGGACCACGUUCAAGUUUAAGAAUAUUACGGCAUGGAUUAGAAGUCACAGAAAUGGCUGUGUCAGAGUUGCCUGGUAAUCCAAACGCUGUUUGGACAGUUAAAAGGCGCGCCGAUGAUGAUUUUGAUGCGUACAUUAUUGUCUCAUUUAUUAAUGCAACUUUGGUAUUGUCUAUUGGAGAAACAGUUGAAGAAGUGACUGAUUCGGGUUUUCUGGGAACCACACCGACUUUGAGUUGUUCACAACUUGGUGAUGAUGCACUUGUACAGAUUUAUCGUGAAGGUAUUCGACAUAUAAGAGCUGAUAAACGUGUGAAUGAAUGGCGAGCACCAGGAAAAAAAACAAUCACACAAUGUGCUGUUAAUCAGCGCCAAGUAGUUAUAGCAUUAACUGGUGGUGAACUCGUGUAUUUUGAAAUGGAUUCGACUGGUCAAUUAAAUGAAUAUACAGAACGUAAAGAAAUGACUGGCGAAGUAGUGUGUAUGGGAUUGGGUAGCGUACCUGAAAAUGAACAACGAUCUAGAUUUCUAGCUGUUGGUUUGUCUGAUAGUACAGUUCGAAUUAUCUCACUUGAUCCACAAGAUUGUCUCACUCGACUAAGUAUGCAAGCAUUACCAGCACCAGCCGAAUCUUUAUGUAUUGUUGAAAUGAGAACACUCGAAGGUGUUGUGGUUGAUACCACCGGAGGGCGCGAUACACAAAUUGGUUCAACCGGAACAUCAUUUCUUAACAUUGGACUUCAGAAUGGUGUAUUACUUCGUAGUGUAUUAGACUCCGUUACAGGUGAUAUGUCUGAUACACGAACACGCUAUCUUGGAUCGAGACCGGUUAAGUUAUUUAGAAUUUCAAUGCAAAACAACGAAGCAGUGCUUGCGAUGUCCAGUCGUACGUGGUUAAGUUAUACAUAUCAAGGACGAUUUCAUUUAACACCGUUAUCGUAUGAAUCGUUAGAAUAUGCAUCUGGUUUUGCAAGUGAGCAAUGUCCAGAAGGCAUUGUAGCAAUCUCCGCCAACACACUAAGAAUUUUGACACUAGAAAAACUUGGUGCAAUAUUUAAUCAAGAAGUACGUCCAUUAAAAUAUACGCCUCGUCGUUUUGUUUUACAUCCCGAAACAAAUAUUAUAUAUUUAAUUGAAACAGAUCAUGCUUGUUAUACUGAACUGACAAAACAACAUAGAAGAGAACAAAUGGCUAAAGAAAUGGUCGAUGCAGCUGAUGAUGACGAUAAAGAACUAGCUUCAGAAAUGGCAGCUGCUGUUUUAUCAGAAAAACUGCCUGAAGAAACAUUUGGCACACCAAAAAGUGCAAUAGGGAUGUGGGCUUCACAAUUGCGGGUCAUGGAUCCGAUUAGUGGUGAAACAAAAUUUGUCUACGAAUUCGAGCAAAAUGAAGCAGCUCAAAGUAUAAGUUUAAUGCGUUUCGAAGCAAGACCUGCUGAUACCUUUCUGUUAGUUGGCGUAGCGAAAGAUUUGGUACUUAAUCCAAGAUCACAUCUCGGUGGUAUUAUUUAUUGUUUUCUUAUACUAGAAAAUGGUGAACGUAUCCAUUUUAUACACAAAACAGUUAUAGAUGAAGUACCAGGAGCAAUUUGUCCAUUGGCUGGUCGAGCAUUAAUUAGUGUUGGAGCAAGUCUUCGUGUUUAUGAAAUAGGAAAAAAGAAGUUGUUGAAAAAAUGUGAAAAUAAAAAUAUACCAAAUCAAAUUGUCAGUAUUCAUACUAUGGGUCAUCGCGUAUUUGCCACUGACGUACAAGAAAGUGUACAUUUUAUUCGUUAUAAAAAAAUGGAAAAUCAAUUGAUUGUAUUUGCCGAUGAUACAAGUCCUCGAUUCUCAGUGGCUAGUUGUUUAUUAGAUUAUAGCACAGUUUGUGUCACUGACAAAUUUGGGAACAUAACUAUUUUACGUCUACCAGCUGAUGCAAACGAUGAUGUCGACAUUGAUCCAACGGGCAGUAAAGGUUUGUGGGAUCGUGGUUUGUUGAAUGGUGCAUCCAAUAAGUGUGAUGUUCUUGCUCAAUUUCAUAUCGGUGAGAUAGUAACAUCUGUUCAACGAGCAACGCUGAUACCUGGAGGAUCUGAAUCACUUGUUUAUACAACACUAUCAGGAACAAUUGGAGUAUUAGUGCCAUUCUCAUCUCACGAAGAUCAUGAUUUUUUUCAACAUCUUGAAAUGCACAUGCGUGCUGAGUAUCAAACUGUCUGUGGUCGGGAUCAAAGUGCAUUUCGUUCUUACUAUCUACCCGUUAAACACGUAAUAGAUGGUGAUUUAUGUGAGCAAUAUUCGAAUCUUGAUAUGACAAAACAAAAGUUAAUCGCCGAUGGCUUGGAUAGAACUCCGAGCGAAGUAUCGAAGAAGCUUGAAGAUCUAAGAACGAGAUAUGCAUUUUAA